AUGGCGAAUGAGGAGAUGUUCAACCCGAAAGGGCUGAAAUGCGAGAUUGUGACGACGGAAGUUGUCGUACAGGUGGCUGGCGUACCAGCACGGUUGAACUCUUAUGGAAGAACUCUCCUCCGCCCACUGGAAUACGUCGAGUCCGGAGAUGUUCCUGCUAUUUGUGGACAGCAGAGACGGUUGGAUGCGCUGGAGGGGUACAUUGCUCCACUUGAGAUGAGGCCUUCAUCGCUGUCUGAAUAUGGUGCAUCAGGUAGCAGCAACGGCUUGAGCGAUUGGAGCAGGAGCGAGAUCGAGAGGCAGAGAAGAAGAGGAGAGCAGAGAAUAGUAGAAAAACGGACUGACGGUGUGGGAAGAUCUUCGGAGAAGAGAACAAAAGCUGAAAGAAAAUACCACGAGGAGAUGGCUAAGCUCGAUCACAAACUUGAAAAGGCUGGUAGAAAGGAGAAGGAUGGCAAGUUGCAGAAAGAGCUGGCGAAAAUCGAGGAGAAGCGGGUGGCAUUGCGUAGGGAGUAUGAUGCGGACACGGUUGAUGUGAACACGAACGGUGCGAGGGACGACAGAGAGGAAAGAGAUAUGCGUAGGAUAUUAUGGUUGUUGAUUUGCGAGAUAGAAACGCUUGAUAGACAUCCAUACGAACUUGAAAGUUGA